AUGUGGUCGGUGGCGGUGGUAGCGGUGGCGGAGAAUAGGAUGAGGGGAGCUGAGCUGGACAACAUUUUGCAGUCACUUUACGUAAGCGCAGUAACUUGUUCAAAAAAACUUGAUUUAGAGUUCUCUGCCGACAAAGAAGGAAACGAAGAGGGGAAAAAAGUUUCUUUGGCAACCGUUGUCUUGACGGUGAUGAUCCAUCAAAUAUAUGGCUCAAGUAGUGGUUCUACAACCUUAACAAGUGAUGUCAUAGAUCAACCCCCAGCAAAUGGGAUAUGUGCUACUUUGGUGACAAUUUAUGGGUACAAAUGCCAAGAACUCGAAGUGGUGACCGAUGAUGGAUAUAUACUUAGCGUGCAAAGAAUACCAGAAGGUCGUGUUGGUGCCGGUGGCAAUGGUGAUGCAAAGAGGCAGCCAGUUCUAAUACAACAUGGGGUCCUUGUAGAUGGAAUGACAUGGGUUCAGAAUCAACCGGAACAAAAUUUACCAACCAUUUUAGCUGAUCAAGGGUUUGAUGUCUGGAUUUCUAACACCCGAGGCACCAAAUUUAGCAGUCGACACACCUCUCUUCAACCCAAUCAGCAGGAAUUUUGGAAUUGGUCAUGGGAUGAACUAGCAAAAUUCGACCUUCCAGCACUCUUUGGUUACAUAUACAAUAAAACAGGACAGAAAAUACAUUAUGUAGGUCAUUCCCAGGGAACUUUGGCAGCUAUGAUAGCAUUAUCCGAAGGAUUAUUGGUAGAGAAGAUUAAAUCAGCUGCUUUGUUGAGUCCUGUUGCUUACUUGAAAACCACAGCAUCAUUACUUACUGUUUUUUUUAAGGAAGCGAGUGUAUGUAAUAUGCUCUAUCUACAUGAUUAA